AUGGAUGCCCGCCUCUCUGUCCAAAACCUGACCAUGGAAAUCAACAUUGGAGCUCUAGCCAGCGCCAACAAUGGUUCUGCAGCUGCUGCCUUUCUGACACUGAAUGGGCUGGAAAACCUUCUUAGUCAUCAAUAUUUCAAAUCAGAGAACAAGACGGAGAUGUAUUCAGAUGUUUUCACUGCCAUAUUACCCAAAACAAUCAACACCAACCUCACAGAUCCCGUCAACUUCACCAUCUUCCACAAGAAAGUACCCGAAUCAGGAAUUGCCACCUGUGUGUACUGGGAGUGGCAGGAGGAUGAUGGAGGAGAAGGUGGAGAGACCUUUCGUUGGUCAGUAGACGGCUGCUGGGUUUCACACUCGGAGGAAAACCACACGGUUUGCAGCUGCUCUCACCUUUCUACCUUUGCCCUCAUCAUGCAGAUUGGGGAGCCUCCACCACAAAGUGAUUUCUUAGAGUGGCUGAACCGGAUGUGUGUGAUUGUCGGACUGUUCUUCUUUGCGUUGGCCAUCCUCACCUUCCUCCUGUGCAGCUGGAACCCAAAAAUCAACAACACAGCUCGCCUUCACCUCUGCCUCAACCUCGGCUCAUCUCAUCUGCUACUACUGUGGAAUGACAGAUUUCUGGAUGACAAGCUGGCCUGCACUGUCAUGGCAGGACUUCUCCACUUCUUAGUCGUUGCCAGCUUUGUGUGGAUGCUGCUGGAGGCCCUGCAGCUUCAUCUGCUGGUCCGAAGGCUCUCCAAGGUGCAGGUCAUCCAGAGAGACGGUCUCCCCAGGCUGCUGCUCUACCUGAUUGGCUACGGAGUUCCGUUUGUGAUUGUGGGCGUUUCUGCGCUGGUGUAUUCUGAUGGAUACGGUGCUACUGAAGCACAGGCGUGCUGGCUCUCCAGGCAGCGUAACUUCAACUGGGCUUUAACAGGCCCAGUGAUUGCUAUCCUUGGACUCAAUUGCACUUUGUUCUUCGCUACUCUAUGGAGUCUGAGACCCACUUUGGCCAACAUGAAAAGUGAUGUUUCCCAAUCCAAAGACACCAGGAUAAUUGUGUUUAAAAUCGUGGCCCAGUUCGUCAUACUGGGCUGCACAUGGAUUCUGGGUUUGUACCAGACAAACCUUUUCUUCCAGGUCCUCUUCAUCAUCUUCAACUCCCAGCAGGGCACCUGCCUUUACAUCGUACACUGUCUGCUCAACAAGGAGGUGAGAGAGGAGUACAGAAAGUGGCUGAAAUGCUCCUGCAGAGAAGACAGAACUGUGAAGGAUGCACCUUCAGUCACUGAGGACUUGGACAAGCCCGAAUAACAGAAGUGA